ACUCACGACGUCGUGAUUCGAACGAACCAAGAGUUGAAGCGUAUUUUCCAAGCUCUAAAUGGUUCGAAUGAUGUCCAAAUCGGCCCAUGUUCUUCAUGUCACUACGAUCAGAACAUGAAAUGGGAUGGAGAAUCUCUAGAGGUCUUCCCAGACCAAACUUUGCGUCCAUCUCCUGAGGCAAUGAAAAUGCCACUCUUCAUCGUCAAAGGUGCUGUGCAGGUGUCAUUGUCACGCGAAGCUGUGAAAUGGCUUAAUAGGAUCAACCUCACAAAACUAAUCAAUCAGUUCAACACAGCGGGGAAUUCGGUGGAUGAAAUGCUGAUGAGUACUCUGCAAAUUGCAGACGAAUGGGAAAUGCCUGGACGAUUUACGAAGCAAUGCUUCAUGAAUGGCUCCUUCUAUGAUGGGAUCACAAGAAUGGUGCAGUGGAGAGAGACGAAGGAGCAGUGCAAAGCUGGAUUUCUUCGACACCUUGUCUGUGUGCUUGGCACUGAAGACCUUCCCUCCAUCUCUAGCUACCACCACAUUCUCGUAAAUAAG